AGCAUUUCUCUACUGGUGAUGCACCCUAAUGCAUUCUAAACAGAAGAUAUAUUUCUCAAUUUUGCUCUUAUAUUUUCUGCAAAACUUACAAGUCUCCUGCUUGAAAAGCCAUAAGAGAACAACAAAUGAUCGCUGCAGUUUUCUCGGUGAUGUUCACGACAUCUGGUCUCAUUGCCAAUGUAUAUCAGUGCCCAGCGUCACAGCUCCAGGGAUAUUUUCACAAGAAUCACCCAUUCAUAUAAUGUGUCAUCACACCUCUUCAGCUACAGUACUCCAGCUACCAAACUCUGAAACAAUGAAAGGACCACCACCACACAUUGUUGCCCUUUCAAUGACCGAUGGAUCUAUGGCAUUUGUGCAACAAGACGCAUUCAAGCAUCAUGAUAUUCAAACGUUAGAUUUUUCAAAUAAUCAAAUUCAGACGGUCAAUGUGAAUGCAUUUCGUGGAUUAGAGAUGAAACUGACACAACUUGAUCUUUCACACAACAAUCUCUCUGUAAUACCUACAUGGGCUUUAACAUAUCUACAUAGUCUCCAAAUUCUGCACCUUGAAAACAAUCGAAUCGAUGUUCUGCGUUCCAAUACAUUUGAUGAAACUCAGUUGAACAACUUACAAUUUCUAUAUUUGGAUAAUAAUCAGCUUCGAAUAAUACCUAAUCUGGCAUUCAAUCAUCUUCGACUUGUCGUUCUAAUGCUGGCAAAUAAUAGAAUAACUGAAAUUCAAAAGAUGUCACUCCCACAAACACUGAAAUUUCUAGUUCUACGGAAUAAUCUUCUAACACAGAUUCCAUAUGUUGCACUUAAUGAUCUUAAAACUUUGCAAUCAAUUGAUUUGGAGGGAAACAACAUAACCCAUUUAAUGGAUACAAAUGAAGUUACUUUCGAGUCAGAAAUGAAAGUAAUUCUGAGAAACAACAAAGUUCGAAGGCUUGAUAAACAUUCUUUCCGCAGUUUUAGAAAAAUUCGCGAGCUGGAUAUUAGUUACAAUCAAAUUCAAACUGUUGAAGAUUCAUCAUUUGAAACAGUUGGACAUAUGCAGUCUCUUGAUUUAAGUUAUAAUCGAAUUGCAUAUCUUCCACGUGGAAUGCUCAAGAACUUUGCAAAAACAUUGAAAACUCUGAAACUGGCUGAAAAUAUGAUACAUGCAACACCAGAAGCUUUAAGAGAUUUGCGAAAUUUGACACAUUUGAAUCUAAACGGAAAUAAGCUGAAUAGAAUAGAUGGUGAUGUAUUGAAAGGAUGUACGGACACACUAGUUGAAUUAUUCAUUGCAAACAACUAUCUAGAACACAUACCACAUGGUGUUUUAAGCGGAAUGAAACAACUUGAGCACUUGGAUAUAUCGAAAAAUAAAAUAAUGUCUCUGAAGAAACCGACUUCCCUACUAUCAAUUACAAAGGAAGAAACUUCAACUGUACGACGUUUGAAUUUGGCAGGAAAUCGAAUUAACAAUAUGAGUGACUAUCUCAUUUUUGAGCAUAUGCCACUUCUUACCUAUGUGGAUGUUUCGUUCAACAGAAUACGAUUUAUCUCACCGAGGGUUUUUGAGAAACUUAAAAACUUGGAAAGCCUAUUUCUACAGAACAAUCAACUUGCCCACUUUCCUUCAUUAUUUCGCCUCGAUAAACUUCGACAUCUAAUGCUGGACAACAAUCAAAUUCAAAAAAUUGAUAACUUUUCUCUAGCUGAUCUUCCGAAAUUGCAACACCUGUCGCUGGCGGGAAAUCAAUUAGAUAUUAUCACAGAAAAUAUGUUCGGCUCCAGCAGCUCAUCCGAGUUGAAAUCGUUGAAUCUUGCACAUAACAAAAUUCAUUCGAUAUCAAGCCGCUCGUUUUCGGAUCUAGAUAAUUUACAGCAACUUCGUUUGAGUCACAAUAAUAUUCGAACGAUAACAUCUAUGACGUUCUCAAAUCUACGUAACCUACGUUAUCUAGAUCUUUCACAUAAUCGUAUCAUCAAGAUUCUUCCAAGUGCACUUUAUCAACUACCAGCACUAGAUGUGUUGCAUUUAGAUCAUAACAACUUGAAUGAAAUUGAUAGAGAUGCUUUUCGAUCUUUCAGUGAUUUACAGUCUCUGAAACUAUCUCAUAAUGCGUUCCGAAGGUUUAGUUGCGAAUUCCUAGGAAGUAUUUCACAAGUACAUCAACUUGAUUUGAGUUCCAAUCAGAUUAAUGAGAUCGAUAUUUUCUGUAUUGCCCGAGGAAUACGAAAGUUGUCUCUUGCAUCUAAUAGUGUUGAAAAAAUAAAUAGAAAACUUCUUCAAGAUGCCACUGAAUUAACCUCUAUUGAUAUUUCCCAUAAUGGAAUCAUAGACGUCGACAGUGAUGCAUUUUGUGAAUGCAGAAAACUUUCUCAUAUCAAACUUUCGCAUAAUUAUAUUAGAAAUUUGUGGAAAGGAACGUUUCAGUAUCAGGAGAGUUUGCAUACCUUGGAUAUCUCAUUUAACGACAUUUUGUUUCUUCACCAAGGAACAUUUGGAAAGAACAAUAUCCUUCAGUUACAUGUUAAUAAUAACAAAUUAUCACGAAUUCCUCUGGAAGCACUUUCAUCAACUAUGGCAUCAUUGCAUCUUUUGGAUCUCGCACAUAAUAAUAUAAAAAUUGUCGACUCUUCUCAACUAACUUCUUUUGGAAAUCUAUCAAUUCUAUCUUUCGCAAACAAUAAAGUAGACUCAAUCGAGGAUGGAGCAUUUGAGAAUCUUUUAAGCCUCAAGAUACUAGAUCUUUCCAAUAAUCCAGUAACAUCAUGGAGCCCAACAGCUUUUCGUGAUUUGAGUCACUCUAUCAGUUCAAUAAAUAUGGCAAAUACAGGAUUGUUCUCGAUGCCGAAAUUUAGUCAUCGUUCAAUUCAAUCUUUGAAUAUUAGCUGCAAUAAAAUAUAUGAAUUAUCGGAAAAAGAUUUGGCUCCGCUCACAAAAGUGGUAGCUCUCGACAUUUCUCACAAUAAUUUGAAGCAAAUAAGUUCAAUGGCUUUUGAACCGCUUAUACAUUUGAAACAACUGAAUGUCUCUGCAAAUCCUAUAACCCAUCUAACGAAUGAGCACAUUCAACAGUUGUACAAGUUGGAAACCCUUCACGUCUCUGAUAUGCCAUUCCUUCUUCGACUUCCCGAUUCACAUGCUUUUGGACAAAUGAAUAAUUUGAAACACUUCUUCUUGUACAACAUUCCUGACAUGGCACGACCCUAUCAAAUCAGUUCAAUACUAUCUAAUCUUCCACCAUUGCAUACAAUUUAUGUUGAUAUUAAGGAAUCUGCACUUGACAGGCAGUUCUAUACGGCAGAUACAAGACUAUUAAGGCAUCUUGUAGUAGCUGGUCGAAACUUGACAAAAAUCGAAGUAGGAGCAUUCGCCACAAUAAGAGGAUUCCGAGUACGAAUUGAAAUACACAACUCAUCGAUUGAAGAGUUUCCGAGUAGAAUUUUUGAUACACUCACAGGAAUUUCAAUUCUUUCGUUGAGUCUUACUGAUAAUAAAUUAACAACAUUCAAUCCAUUUCAAUCUACCGUGGCUCCUGCUGUGAAUCAACAUGGAACUAUUCUACAUUCUCUAGAAUUGAAAAAUAAUCCAAUUAAAUGCGAUUGCCAAUUUAAAUGGAUGGAUGAUUUUAUUCGAGUAACAAAAUUCCUUUCUGAUCAUCAUAUCUCACACGACUUCGAUAAAGUGGAAUGUGCUGAUGCUCAAUCAUCAAAUUUAGAAAGCUUCGCCUCUGCCGCUAAUGAGCUUUUCUCGUACAAAACUAAGAUGACACUGCUCUCAAAAUCGGAAGAUUUCGGUCUCGAAUGUGCGGUAAAGUACAGUAACCCACUUAAACCAUUAAUUUAUGUGCUAAUGUUAGUUUGUUUAUCCUAUUUGUAACUAUUUCACUUCACUUAUUACGGGUCUUUCACAGAUGAUUGCAUACUUUUUGAUAUUUUGAUACGGUUAUUUUUAAUUUUAAAUUUUAAAGAAGCGAUAAAUUUUU